AGCGACAACGAGAGAGCGAGCAACGGCUGAGCGGCAGGGAAAAGGGGGGGAGGAAUUAAAAAAGGGCGUCGUGAUCCCUCUACAGUUGUAGGAAACCUCUCUUUAAAAAAAAAUCUUUUUAAAAGAUUUUUUGUUCCCGGAAAAAAAACUCGUCGCUUUCCCUGGAGUAUUUUUAUUUCACCCCCCCCCCUCCAUGUUCACCUACAGAGAUUUUCUUUUAAAUUCAGAUUUGCUCUUUGUUGAAAUGUGAUUAUAUUUAUUUUCCCCUUUCUUUAAAGAAAGGAAAAGAUUUUUUUUUUGGGGGGGGAAGAAAAAGAGCACAGUCAACCGAUCAAAGCUGGUUGUUGUGUGAGGGUGGAAGUGGAGGUGGUGGUGUUAGUGGUUGGAGAGGUGGUGUUGUUCUUACGGGUGGGUGCUUUUUUUUUCCCUCAAAUUUUUUUUUUCUCCCUCCUUUUCUGAAAAGAAAGGAUUAUACUGAGAUUGUAAAACCAUGCAAGAGCCGGGGCGGAGGUGGCCGUCGCCGCCGUUUCUACCCGGCCGUGACCACGGAUCCUCCUCAUGGAAGAAACUUUCUCACAGAUUCGCCUGGGGAAAGGAGUUACCCGCCACGGUGCAUGUUGUGUAGGACGUGGGGGAAGGAAGUUUGUGUGCCCAGGAAGAACACCAUACCAGCAACAUUUAGUCUCUGCUUGAAUAUUUGACUAUAAGAGGAAUUAGGACUGAACCGGAUUUGGUGCUGUACAUGUGGUUGCUACAAAAAUGAGUGCCAGAGGAAAGGCAUAUUUGAUGGACCUAGGGGGUAGCUUUACUGAAGAUGCACCAAGGCCACCAGUUCCUGGAGAGGAAGGUGAGCUGGCGACUACGGAUAGUAGGCAAUUGAAUCACAGUUUCUACCCCAUAAAAACCGAAGGGCUUAAAAAUGAGGCAUCCACAGCAACCCCACGGAGGCCAGAUUUGGAUUUGGGUUAUGAACCUGAGGGUAGUGCUUCACCAACACCGCCAUACCUGAGAUGGGCAGAGUCCUUACACUCUUUACUGGAUGAUCAGGAUGGAAUAAAUUUAUUCAGAACUUUCUUGAAACAAGAAGACUGUGCUGACCUGUUGGAUUUUUGGUUUGCAUGCACUGGAUUUAGAAAACUGGAACCAAACGAUUCUAAUGAAGAAAAAAGGCUAAAAUUGGCAAAAGCCAUAUAUAAAAAGUACAUUUUGGACAAUAAUGGUAUUGUCUCCAGGCAGAUCAAGCCAGCUACUAAAAGCUUCAUAAAGGAUUGUGUUAUGAAGCAACAGAUAGAUCCUGUCAUGUUUGACCAGGCCCAAACUGAAAUUCAGACAAUGAUGGAGGAGAACACCUACCCUGUAUUCCUGAAGUCUGAUAUUUAUUUGGAAUAUACCAGGACAGGUGGAGAAAGUCCAAAGUUGUACAGUGAUCAGAGCUCAGAGUCUGGGACAGGAAAGACAUUAUUGGGAUAUUUACCUACUUUGAAUGAAGAUGAGGAAUGGAAAUGUGACCAAGACACAGAUGAACAAAAAGGGAGAGAUUUGGCCACUGUAAAUAGGCUUACACAGAAACUGCUUAUGGAAACAGCCCCACAACGUGCUGGUCCAAACAGGAGAUUUGAUGAAGGUCGGGAGUGCAGACAUGGGUCAUGGCGGGAACCUGUCAAUCCUUACUAUGUCAACACAGGGUAUGCUUUGGCACCAGCGACAAGCGCUAAUGACAGUGAGCAGCAGAGUAUGUCAAGUGAUGCAGAUACCAUGUCACUGACGGAUAGUAGUGUAGAUGGAAUUCCACCAUACAGAAUCCGAAAGCAACAUCGACGGGAGAUGCAUGAAAGUGCCAAAGCAAAUGGGCGAGUGCCUCUACCUCACAUUCCUCGCACGUAUCGGAUGCCAAAGGAUAUCCAUGUUGAACCAGAAAAGUUUGCUGCAGAACUCAUCAGUCGGCUGGAAAGUGUGCUGCGAGAGCGAGAGGCAGAGGAAAAGCUGGAAGAACGGCUUAAACGCGUAAGAGCGGAGGAAGAAGGUGAGGAUGCAGAUGUUUCAUCAGGCCCGUCUGUGGUUAGUCACAAACUACCACCUGCCCAGGCUAUGCACCACUUUAACUCACGUUAUUCUGAGAUGGGCUGUGGCGGAUUACAAGUGCGUGAUGCUCAUGAAGAGAAUCCAGAAUCCAUUCUUGAUGAACACGUCCAGCGUGUGAUGAAGACCCCAGGUUGCCAAUCUCCAGGACCUGGAAGGCAUUCUCCAAAGUCCCGCUCUCCUGAUGGCUUAUCUAAUGGGAAGGCUACAAGUUUAAUAGGAACGGUGCUACCUUCAGGGCAUAAACAUGUGUCCAAGACUGGUGGGAAAGUAGAGGCUCCAAACAUGUACCAUCACAAACAUGUUUACCACCACAUUCACCAUCACAAUGGGAUGAAACCAAAAGAACAAAUUGAGGCAGAAGCCACACAGAGAGUCCAGAGUAACUUCUGGAAUGCUGAUUCACACCACUAUGCAACAAAAUCAAGGAACUAUUCUGAAAGCAUGGGUUUGGCACCUAAUUCGGUGGAGUCUUCGAAUUAUGGUGGUAAAGUCAACACACUGUCGAGGCGAAAUACUAAGAAGACUGAACCAGGUAAAGCCGAUGCUGGGAGCUACGAAACCCCUGCUCCUCCAGACGACAUGGAACGGAAUCAGAAGAUUAUGCAAUGGAUAAUUGAAGGAGAGAAGGAAAUUCACAGGCACAAAAAGGCUCCACAUAAUUUAAGUGGAGCUAAGAAACAAACUAAUCAUGAUACUAGACCAAGUUCAAUUGAAAGGCCAGGAGCUGUUCACCCAUGGGUCAGUGCACAACUGCGAAAUCCUGUCCAACCAUCACACCCGUUCAUUCAGGAUCCAACCAUGCCACCCAAUCCGGCACCAAACCCUCUGACUCAACUGGAAGAAGCACGUAGACGGCUUGAAGAAGAGGAAAAGAAGAGUGGCAAACUACAGUCCAAGCAAAGGCAUAAACCGCAAAAGAAGUCAGCAAAUGGUGCGUCUCAACCUGGUGAUAACAUUGUGGUGGCAUACUAUUUCUGUGGGGAGCCAAUUCCAUACAGGACAUCCGUUAAAGGACGUGUGGUCACAUUGGGACAGUUCAAGGAGCUGUUGACUAAGAAAGGGAAUUACAGGUAUUAUUUCAAGAAAGUAAGUGAUGAGUUUGAUUGUGGGGUAGUAUUUGAAGAGGUGCGUGAUGAGGAAGCCAUUCUGCCCAUUUUUGAGGAGAAAAUUAUUGGAAAGGUGGAAAAAAUUGACUAAAUGCAAGAUGGCCAUGAAGAGGAGUCUGUUAUGGUACAAGAGAAGUUUCAGCUGCUUGGACUACUUCAAACUACAUUACUGGGGGUCACGGUUGUUAACUGUGGAAAUGCAUCAUACUGACAUAUAAAAGCUUCCAACUCUCCACAGGGAUAUUUUGCAACUGCUCAUUACAGCAGAAAAAAUGGUGCUUUCAACACCAAGGUCUGCCAUUGCAGUCCUUUGAUGGGAAUGUUUGCAGCAUUAUCUUCUCUUUAUCAGUAUAUUUCAAACACUAAGUGUAAUGUAGCAUUGUAAAAUUGUAUUAGAAAUUGUAAUAUGAAACUGUUUACUAAAGCUGCAUAUUUUUGAUAUAAUGUAAUCUGAGGAAAAUAGCAUUUUUAAUGUAACAGUGCUCUUAUGUUAUUUUAAGACAUACAUACAGGUACUUGAGCUCACCAAAUGUGUACAGCCAUCUGUAAUAAUAGGUAUUUGGUCCAUAUUUCAAACCAUUGAUAAUUGUUUCUCCACUUGUAGAAUGGAUGAUUAUCACUGAUUCUGUUGUCUUAUCAGGACAAAAUGUUCAUCAAGAAAGUUUACAUAGGCCACCCUUGCAAAUACUGCUGUAUAGGCCUUUUCAUAUGAAAAAGUUGCACAGUUUAGUUAAACCCAACACUGUAGGAAUGUGUAUGUUGAGAGUUAUUGACUGGUAUCAAUUCCCCACCCACUACCAAUGAUUUGUUGGUACAUAGCACUUAUUACGGUGAUGCUGCUUUCCAGUUUCUGCACAUUAUGGCACACAGCUCCGAUUUGAAAACAGGAACUAUUAAAUCCUAGCUACUAAGUCCCAAAUGAUAGGAAAAUCUGGGUCAGAUUGCCAUUUCACAAUAGUACGUAAUGUGCUGCUGAUGUUGAAGCUAAUGGAACACUUGUGCCUAUAUUACAAUGGAUUGAUUUUCUAAUCUUCGCACCUUCCAAGUCUUGGGUAAUAACUUCAUCAAUCAGCAACUUAAAAUCUGACUCAAACUCUAAAAUUGCAAUAUUUUACACUUUCAAAAUUUAUCCAGCAUGACACUGAUAUUGCAACAGUCAACAACACUUUAAUUUUUUUGGUUUGAAACCAUCAUACGUGUUAGUGUUAAGCAUGCAACUUGAAAUGUAAAUGUUAUGCUGCUUUACCAUUGCCAUUUUCAAACUAUUGCAGGUGCACACAGAGUUAAAAUUAAUCAAUAUUCAUACAUUAACCAGUUCAAAAUAUCCAGGCAAAGAACAGUUUCAACUUAUCCCUUAAAAAGCACCAGCAUUUUUUUGUUACAUUUGAAGCAGAUCCAACUACAUUUGUUUUCCUACAAACUGAAAUUUUGUUUUAAAUUGACCUCAGUUUCAUGGUCCUAGAAUACUUUUGGAGAAAUCAUUGGAGAACUUAAAUAUUUUUCAAGUUUUGGUGGGGGUCUGAAUUUAAAGCCAUUCUCAUCACAACUGAACUCCACUCAGUUUACUCAUCAUGAAGUACAUAAUGUCUUACAACCAGCUCAAUAAAUCAUAACCCAUGCCUAGAAUAUCCAUGUUUUUGCAGACUUUGAACUGGAACAUCCUUUAAAUUAUAUAGGUUCAGUAGAGCUGAGCUAUUGUUAAUCUGUUACAGGAUUAAAACUGCCCUCAGCCAAAUUUUAAAAUACCAUUCUUGGUAACAAAAGCAAAUCCUACAUUGGCCAAACUGUUCAUUCUAAAUGUGCUAACCACUAGCAUUUUAUUACAUUUGGUAUUUGAGCAUUUUUUUCCAUAAAUCAAUUUGUUACAGUUAUUAGAAUCCAACUUCAGUUUUAAUGGUGCAUUAAAUACUGCCUUUUAAAAGAAACUGCAUUAGUAAAUUUGCCUCUUGAGGCAAGCAUUCUCAUGGGGAAGAAAAGGCCUAUACAGUAAAAGUUACUGUUAAUGACUUUAAUCAGGAUAUUCAAGCUGGGAAUUGUCGGAGAAAAAUUGUACCUUCAUCUGUCAAAUUUCAUUGUGUGCUGGUUUAUUUAUAUCAGGUGUCCAUGCUCCUACUCAUUGUCAAAAGGCAUUGAUUCUGGUUUUAAAACUUGACACUGCAAGUUGGGCUUUCAUUACUCUGCCGGUUUAUUAACAAUGUAAACAAUCAAAUUUAUCAUGCUGCUGCUCCUUCACCGCCCACCCAACCUCCAUUCUGAUGGCAUUGUUCCUCCAUACAGUUUCAUUUACUGCCAUUCGGCUGCCCAAUUGUGUAGAACUGGGUUCAAAACUGAUAACGGGUCUUCAGUCUGUUAUAUGGAAAGGAUAAUUAGUUACAAAUUUUCCCAAAAUCUGGCAGUCAAAAGAAAAGCCUAACACGAUUUAGAAAGGUAUUGUGUAAAUAAGAGUACAUCACAGAGUGCCUUUUAUAUUCAAUGCUGUUACCUGUCUGACGCUAUGUGACCCCCAUGACUGAGGAUUAGCUCUCCUCAUCCAGGGUUCUGCAGUAUGGUUUCUCCUCCUGCAUUUGGUGUCCAGCAGGAUUUUAUGUGGCCCUGCAUUCACGGGUUUUGCAUUUCCCUUUUUUCUAAGGGUUUCCAUUGUAAAUAUGUACAUUUUCUAAAGAUGUUUUCAAGUAGCAGCACGUCAAAAGAUUUAGUUACCUGGUUUCAGUCAUCUUUCAGUGUGCUGACUUGUACAAUUAUCUUUUAAAAGGUACUUGGACAAUAAAAGAAAAAAAAAGUGAAUUCU